CAUAACUUUAGUAGUAUUUUGACCCUAUGAGAAAAGUUAGUAUCAAUGCAAAGCUUUGACAACUGUCUAUGAUGUGUGAUAUAUGAUUAGUGUUUAAACAGGUGCCGUUGCCAUGGAAACGGGCGUUGAGCAAUAGGUAUCCUUAAUAAGAUUGAAAUACGUAUAGGAAUGGGCAUUUCCAGCCAGUGAUCCAAAUAUGUAUAUUUUAUUAAUAGCAAUUGUGUGGAAAUGACCAAUUUUUAUCAAUCCUGAACUAUAAUGACUAAAUGAUUCUAUAUACUAAAUUUUAAAGUGUUAUUGUGACAUCACAAUAGCGGAUUUCAAAUGAGAAACAGUUUGCUUUACAUGGUCUCCGUGAAACUGAUAUCUUCCAUGAUUACAAUUGCAAAAGAAUAUGCACUUUAUGGAUAUCAAAUUAAAGCUAGUGCAAUAACGAGUAUUAUGAUAAGUAAAUCAACAUGAUUAGAUCAAGCUAUGCCGUGGUUUCAUGCUUUUGAAUCUGGGGUAUCAGUGGUUAUAGACACAAAAUACUGUAUGAGAGGUCUGAGACUAACAUCUUUUAUGCUAGUCUCGGGAGAGGUGGAACAACUUUUUAUCCUGAUCGAUGAGUCUGAAAGUCGCAAGAAAAGUGUUUUCCUCAGUACAUACAGUAUGUUGUCAUGUAUGUCUCAUAUCAGACAAAGCUUUAUAAACAUUAAAGUCACUAAUUUAAGUAAAUACUCCUAUUGUGAUGUCAUUAUAAUAAAUGAUUUACAACUUUUGGUGUUUUUUAAAGUUGCACUAAACUGUUUUACUCAUUUUAGACAUGGGCGUGAUUAAGAAAUAAUUAUAUUCAUUAAUUCCGAUUGGCUUGGUCUCCUUAUUAAAAACUAUUUAGAAAAGUACCCAAAAUAAAUUAUUUUUCGGUAAAACUUAUAAAUUGUUCUUUAUGAUUUGAAAGUUUCAUGUUUAUUAAAAAAAUAGCAGGGCGUUCAAAAUUUUUGGACCCCCUCGUAUAUCAAUUUUGUGAAUACUAAUUAUUCCACUUUCGG